AGGGAUAGUAACAAUACAUGGUGAUAGAAACAAACUUUGUUUAUAAACUUUCUUUGACUUUGAGACUAUGACCGUCAAAUUGAGAUAGAUCUGGAUGACAAUAAUGAGGCUACAGCCAUGCAGUUGAAAACCAACUAACUGCAGAUGUAGCGUUCUCGCUCAGGUGUAAGAGAACUCUGAACUAAACACCGAGGUAAACCAUAGUCAAUGAAAACAGGAUCGCAGUAAGAUUAACUGUUUACUGUUCACCCUUCCACAUUAAUGGAUGGUGAAAACUGUUGAUAAAACAAUACAAAAUGUAUACAGUAUUUGUUUCCUUCUUGAUACCACAUUUACAUCGUAAAUACUUGCAAAAGUAAAACUACAACUACAUUACAUUAAAGUGCAACAUACAGUCAGAAUCUACCUACGCCAUUGACUGCUUUAAAUACACUUCAACACAAACUAUCCACAACUCUUUAACUAACGAAAACAUAAACCUUAUCAACCGUCAUUACCUUUAACAGAAUCAGCGUUAACAUUUUUAAUUCAACACAUCGAUUAUCUCAUGAACUUACGGUGUUGCUUCACUGAUGUUUCUCGUGCGUAGAAAGAAAACUUUUCUUGCGCUGAUCCUGCACAUGUGAGCCCCCUCCUUCCCAUUUCUCCAAACCGGGUGUGACGUCAUCGCAUGCCGUGAUAUAUCACAGACAACGAAUUUACUUUAAACAAUCUUAACUUUAACUAGAAAAUGCUAACAAAUGAAUUACUAAAGCGAAAAUAUUCUAAACUAAACAAAUGCCAUAAAGGCAACACAGCAGAUGUAGCAAUACUGAAAUAUAAACAGGAAACUGUUGGCAACGCUCAGCUAGCCAAUCAGCAUCUGUGGAGAGAGAAACAGAUUUAAUGUUACAGGUCAGGUCGCAUGGGCAAGCCUCAAACAGCAGCUGUACAAGCAUUUGGGCUGACAACACUUUGUACAAGUGCUUUCUCAGUAGGUGGUGUUCAGAGUCAGCUACAGAGGUCAGCAGAAAGUAAAGAGGGAUAAUGUCCCUCUGAAAAUCAAUUUGAAAGAUGUAAUCGUUUUCCCAGUCAGACUCUGCCAUUGGUGAAUUCCCACUCUAGGGUGGCCCGGUUGGUGGAAUGCUUUACAGUGCAGGCGAUCCAGGUUCAAUUCCCGCCACUGCCUGUAAGGAGCUUGUCUGUUUUCCCCGAGACCCUGUGGGUUUCCUCCGGGCGCUCCAGCUUCCUCCCACAGUGCAAGGACCUACCAAUUGGUAGGUUAUUUGUUCAUUGUAAAUUGUCCUGUGAUUAGACUAGGGUUAAACUGGGGGAUUGCUGGGUAGCGCAGCUCAAAGGGACGGAGGGGCUAUCCCACACUGUAUCCCAAUAAAUAAAUAAAACAUCCAAAUGGGGUCAAGGGCAAAGGGUUGCUGCAUAAGUAGGUCAGGCAGCACCUGUGGAAAGGGGAGUAGGCAGCAGGCAUUUUGGGUCCAGGACCUCUUGUCAGAAUUGGGAACGAGAAAACCAGUUAGGAUGGGAUAUUCCCUUUGAGAAACUUUCACUCGCCCACUUUCUGUGCCGCUCAUUAGAAAACAAUAGAAUCCUGCAUUGUGCUACUGUCAUAACAAAUGUCGCAUCCUGACUCUGAGGUAUGGAGUUGGGGGUUGGCGAUGGAGGGCCAGGUGGGUAGAACCAAGGAAAUACCCCUGACAGGGUGAAACCAGUUGGGCUACUGGGGGCAGUUAACAGCAGUGUGCAUAUUGUAUUGUUAGACUAUGGGGCAGAGGCAUUGGUAAGGCCAAAUUUGGAAUAUUGUGUACAGUUCUGGUCACCGAAUUAUAGUAAAGAUAUCAAUAAAUUAGAGAGAGUGCAGAGACGAUUUACUAGGAUGUUACCUGGGUUUCAGCACAUAAGUUACAGAGACACGUUGAACAAGUUAGGUCUCUAUUCAUUGGAGCGUAGAAGGUUGAGGGGGGAUUUGAUCGAGGUAUUUAAAAUUUUGAGAGGGAUAGAUAGAGUUGACGUGAAUAGGCUGUUUCCAUUGAGAGUAGGGGAGAUUCAAAGUAGAGGACAUGAUUUGAGAGUUAGGGGGCAGAAGUUUAAGGGAAACAUGAGGGGGUAUUUCUUUACUCAAAGAGUGAUAGCUGUGUGGAAUGAGCUUCCUGUAGAAGUAGUAGAGGCCAGUUCAGUUGUGUCAUUUAAGGUAAAAUUGGAUAGGUAUAUGGACAGGAAAGGAGUGGAGGGUUAUGGGCUGAGUGCGGGUAGGUGGGACUAGGUGAGAUUAAGAGUUCAGCACGGACUAGGAUGGCCGAGAUGGCCUGUUUCCGUGCUGUGAUUGUUAUAUGGUUAUCCAAAUAGAACAAAUUGGUCAACAUGAUUACAGGGAGUUAAAACAUCUGAAUAAUUCACAGGUAAGCCAGUGCUGGUUGUUGCUGUUAAUAUUUUUCCUGAGGGUGUAAGUUCCAGUCUUUGCUUUGGAAAGGAGGUUUGCCAGGCAUACCGAAUGUCAUAGAUUACAUACUUAUCUGUAACUUUCAACAUUGCCUCAUGGAACGCAAGCAUACCUGCACUGGCCACAGAAAUUUCGCAGAAGCAUUUUGAGGAGGCAGUUUUCUUUCUCAUAUAUGUGGUUUAGCAAGUGGAAAGAUAACGCAAAUUGCAACAUUUUUGUUUUGCAUAACAGACUGGAUAACAUGGAAAAACUGGUACACACCUUCAAAAGCAAAAUAUCUAGAGUACAGAGUUCAUAUGUUUUUUUUCAGGAUAACAGGUUUAGCCUCACCUUUUAAGCAAGACCUCAUAUUCUGUAUGGGUAGCCUGCAACCUGACAGUAUGAACAUUGAUUUCAAUAAUUUCUGGUAACUUCGCCCUCUUCCCCUUUCUCUCUGUUUCCCAUUCCCCAUCUGGCUCUCCUCGUACCUCUUCUCCUCACCUGCUUAUCAUUUCCCUGUGGUGCCCCUCCUCCUUCCUUUUCUCCCACAGUCUAUGCUCCUCUCCUAUCAGAUCCCUUCUUCUUUAACCCUUUAAUUUUUCCAGCUUCUCACUUCAUUACCCCUCCUCCCCCCCACCCACCUACUUUCCCUCUCAACUGGUCUCAGCUAUUACCUGCUAGCCUGCACUUCUACCCCACCACCCACCCUCGCAUUCUGGCUUUUUGUCCCAUCUGAAGGGUCCUGGUGGAGGGUCACGGGCCUGGUCACCUGCCUGUAGGAAGGAUAUCACUGAGAUUCACCGUUUACAGAGAACACUUACAAGGACGUUGCUUGGAACCGGGGACCUGAGGUUGACUAGGUUAAGACCGUUCUCCGGAGUGUUGGAGAAAGAGUUGAGAUUUUGAUUGAGGGACACGAAAUUAUGAAAAGUACAAGUAAGAUAAAUGCAAGAAGGCUUUUCUCCAUUGAGUUUGGGUGAGACUAGAGUUAGAGGUCGUGGUUUAAGGGUGAAAGCUGAAAUAUUUAAGGGGAACCUGAGGGGGAACUUCUUCACUCAGAGGAUGGUGCGAGUAUGGAACAAGCUGCCAGGGAAAGUGUUGGAUGCAGGUUCGAUUGCAGCAUUUAAGAGAACUUUGGAUAAGUACGUGGAUCGGAGGGGUAAGGAAGGCCAUGGUCCAGGUGUAGGUUAACGAGACUAGUCAGAAUAACAGUUCAGUAUGGACUAGAUGAACUGAAGGGCCUGUUUUCUGUGCUGUAGUGCUCUAUGACUCUAAGAUCUCUUAAUCUUGAAACUGCAGCUGUCUUUUAUGGUGUUAUACAGGAGUGUGGCCCAAUAAAUGUAUCGCAUUAAAUUCUGUCCCAAGUAUGAAUACUUCUGCAGUGGUUUCAUAUUUGCUGAUCUGAUCAUGGAAUCAGUUGGGGGUGUUCAUUAAGGAUCUCUGCCUCUAUUUCCCACACCUCUACUCCCACCUGCUUUUCUCCCCGGGUGAACAAGGAUAUGUAUGGUUCCCCUGUCCUCACCUUUACUUGUUGACGGCAAGCCCCAGCACCCAUUGUCCCACACGGACUGCCUUUGGUUAAGCGGGCAACGCAGCCCGUGUGUUGAAGGUGCUUCCACAGUGGGGCGAGAAUGAAUUUAGAGGCCACACAAUAAAAAAUGACCAAACUCCUGAGUACUGCUAACACUUGAAGCUGUAGCACGAUGUAUAGAGCAUUGGUAUUAGUUCAUUAUUGUCACGUCCAACAGUGAAAAACAUAUCGUGUACCUUUCAUACAGAUCAAACCAUUACACAGGGCUCCUCUAAGUGAUACAGUGCAGGAUCAUAGCGAGGUUGAUUGUGUGGUCAAGAGUCCAUCUUACCAUACAAGAAGACCAUUCAAGAGAUUGGUAACAGUGGAGUAGAAACUGUCCUUGAGCCUGGUGGUAUGUGCUUUCAGGCUUUUGUAUCUUCUGCCUGAUGGAAGAGGGGAGAAGAAGGAAUGCCCCAGGUGGGUGGGGUCUUUGAUUAUGCUGGCUGCUCCACUGAGGCAGCGAGAAUCCAUAGAGGGGAGGCUGAUUCCUGUGAUGUGCUGAGGUGUGUCCACAACUCUCGGCAGUCUCUUGAGGCCUUGUGCAGAGCAGUUGCUGAACCAAGAAGCUCUUAUGCUUCCAGUCAGAAUGCUUUCUAUGAUGCAUUAAAAAUUUGGUAAGGGUUGAUGGGAGCAAGAUUAAUUUCUUUCGCCUCCCAGGGAAUCCUUAAAGAUUGCCAAAGGUUUGUCUCAGUGGGAGUAAUGGGGAGAACUUGGGGUUGCUGGAAAGAAGCUAUUUGCCGAGUUCUUUUCUCAUUUCUCAAUGACUUAGUAAUGCAGGGUGGUGUCACAAAGCUAUAUUCUCUUUGAAAAUGGCUCUUCUGCCCACUGCAUGCUGGAUGGACCCCAAUAUUACCACGUAGCAAGCAGUUAGUGCUCCCCCAGCGAUCGAUGCUUUGCAAGCACUCACUGGUACUCACUUCUGGCUGGAAAGAGUUAACGUGGCAGAUGUGCUUUUGGACCGAACUACAGUGCGACAAUUGGGUCAGCUCUCACUUGUCGCUUUUUUAGGACAGCCAGGAACUAAAAAACCUAACGACAAUUUGGGAAAUGCACGCGGCGGACCUCUUUACUGAAAAGCCGGAAUUUUUCAUCAUAGAAAGCAAGAGGCGAAAACCCAUGUGGUUGUCAAGCAUGCCAAGGCUUGUGAUUGGCAGCGAGACAGUACAUUAAUGUGAGGCAUCUUGGGUAGAUUCCUUUGGCAUCAGCUGUUAAGCAUUCAGAGAUUACAUCACAGGGACCACUGACAAGCUCCUUUUUUUUCAAAUGGGAUUUUUGUCCAUCUCGUCACGUCAGUGACUACGGAACGAUAUCAGCUAGGCACAGUCAUAGCAACACACCUACUGGUUCCCACAGGGAGGAACCAGUUUUCUUUCCAAAGGGGGUAGAGCCUCUAUUUCGUAUUCACAGGCCUUUUAAACACGCCUUUUUUUUACCGAGGCUUUUAGUAAUCCUCAAUCAAAGCAAACACAAGUGCUUCAAGAUGCAAAUUGCAGAGCGAGGAGAGGGGGAGAGAGAGAGAAAAAAAACACUCCCCGCUUUCAAAAGACGAUAGCGCCAGUUAAAAACAAUUCUGUUUGGCCAGCCACACGGAGUUAACAAAACAUGGAUUUUUAUUCUCCCCCCCCUCUUUUAUUUCUAUCACACGCAGGUUUGAUCGCUCCAAGAAGCAGUUUUUGUUUGGACUAUGUACGUGCGUUGUGUGACAGGGAUAAUGGCCCCUACAGCUGUUAGGAUGGGGGUGGGGGGAAGUGUAUGUAGGCUGAAUAAGUAACCAUAUCACUGCUUCCUGCUUUAUACUCUCAGUUGUGGUAUCACGUUUACCCAGGAACUCUACAUGGUUCAGCUUCCUUUCAAUCCUUCAUUUUGUAAUCCAUUUUUUGUGGACUUGUAAUAUACAGGUUCAGAAGGGAGCACAGUGGAUGGCCCCAGAACAGGCCAAAUGGAAGAGGGGUCAACCAACCAUGUUGGAGAAAGCAGGUUAAGGUUAGACAUGGCGCCGAGCUUGGUGAAUGGAGUGCGUGGGCAAGAAAGACAAACUAUUGCAGUGGAUUCGGUUGAGUGGAUGGAAGAACAGACACUCCCUCAACACACCAAUGGCAGCGUCAACUGGGAAACAGCUGGAGUUCGGAACCAUGUCAAGGAAGACUUGGCAACCAGUGGGGUUAAUGUGGCCCUGGGCGAUGACAGGAAAUUAGUGGCAUUCCCCGAACCACCAUUGAGUUUACCUUUAUAUAAUACACCAGCACAAAGCCCUCAGCCUUUGCAAAAGAUUAAUUUGACUGAGAAAUGUAACCCAGAGGUUAACAACAGCCUUGAAAGAAUGCAGUUGAUCUCUCCGAUGAAUGACGAUUGCUCUCCCGAUGACGAUUUGAGCACUUUGACUUCUGCGUGGGGCCUUGCAAAAAGACACGGGAAGAAGCCACCAAAUUGCAGUUGCAAUAGCUCAGACUGCCUGGAUAGCCUGGAGUGGCUUGAGAGAAAAAUCAAAGCUGUGAUCAAUGUGGAGCAGAACAGGACUCCGGAACUCUCCGACAAAGUCAGUGACACGCCCGUGGAGAAUGGUGCUUUACAGAAUCACCUUCUCGGUUUAGAGAACGCACUCAUUUUCGACUCCCCCGACGUCGCCCAGUACUCUCAGAAUGCUUUGACCAUCGCGAAAGAGAAGAACAUUAGCUUGCAGACGGCAAUCGCCAUCGAAGCCUUGACGCAGCUGUCGUCCACACUGCCGCAGCCAUUUUUGGAAACCUCCCCUCAGAUUAACAGUACCUCGCAAAUCGGUGACGCCUCAUCAAGCUCCGUCGAAGAGAAUAAAGUGGCACUGCCCGUCCUGCCCAAUGCCGCGAAGGAACUGCAUGAAGACCGUCGCCCCGAGCAACAAAUUCCGUCCCAGAAUCCCGCUGUCCAGCAGCCGCCCCCAGGUCAUCAGGUGUUCCCAGAUUACGCGCCGCAUGAGCAAGCUCUGUGGGAUCACCUCAAGAAGCCAGCCCUGAGUGAAGGACACUAUGUCCCAGCCAUAAAGAUGUUACAAGUCCCAUUUAACAGCUUCUCGAACUCAGCGCCUACCAUAAAACACGCCAAGGAAGCGCCCGCCCACGGGGGCGAGGGGGUCGGUGUUGAGCUCUGCAAUGCCAGUCAGCCGAUUACCCCUCUGAACGAUCCAAUGAGCGAGUUAAAGCAACUGCUGGACGGCAGCAAUGGCAGCAAGUACGCCGCGCAGCAGUUUAAAAUGCCCAGCGUUCUCGGUCACGAAGACGCCGGGGCAAAGAUGCAGCAGGACUUGCCGAUGCCGUUCCCCAAACUCCCCGCUGGGAUCUACAGGAUGUUCCCCGAACAGCAGUCCCUUCAGACCGUGCAGCAGUUGCAUCAGAGGAGCAAGCAUCAGAAGGCGCAGGCCGCGCUGCAGCAGCACCUCCACCACAAGCGCAACCUUUUCCAGGAGCAGGAGCAGAUGCAGAACCACCUGCAGGGGCAGCCGAAGUGGUGGUCGCAGCACCAGCCACACCUCAAGCGGCAGAAGCAGAAGAAGGCCGCCCAAGAGAAGAGGCGGCUGCAGGCGGCUCAGAAGCCGCGCAAGGAGGCGCCGCCGCUUCACAAGGCCCCGGGCAUCCAGCCGCAGCUCUCCCUGCAUCAGUUUCAGCAGAUGCAGCAAGCCAAGCUAAAGCAAGGCUUGCAGAGCCAGGCGUUACCUCAACAGAAGCCGGUGCCGGAGGGAUAUCAGCAGGUGGGAACAACCCUCAGUAACUAUGGAUCUGCAGAAAAUCCACAACAACAGCUCCUUAAGGAAUGCCCGAUGCAGGCAGGACUUCUCCCAGCAUCCGAAGCUCCCCACCAGAAACAGGCAGAUAAUAUCAUUUCUCAAGACCCUCCCUCCUUUGAGGCGUCUACUCCCCAGAAAAUGGGUAGCCUCCUGCCGGAUCACUUCCCGUGUAACCAGCACGUUGGAAAAUAUCCUCAAUUGUCUUCAGUGAAGAGCAGCCCCACUAAACAGACAGAGAACAAGGAAACUCAUGCAAAUUCCGACUCUGUGCCUCUCCAGUUCCAACCAGGCGAGAUGCCCAUGCAUAGCCCUCAUUCCUUUGAGGACAAAAUAGAGGAAAUCUUGAAGCAGUUUGAGGACGAGUUCGAGUCCAACUCUGCAUCUCAGAAAACCCAGAUUCCUGCCCAGAACAACCCAACAUCUCAGGUCGAAACCAAUGGAAACCGAACAUCCUCUGCGGGACCUCAUCCUUCACCUCUCAACCACUCGCAGGACUAUGAACAAAGGAGUCUUAAGCCGCUUUCUCAAAAUACUUCUCAGGAGCAGUCCGGGUGCAAAACACCUGAUAUGGUCAACAAGGUGCAGGAAAAUACAUCACCUUUUAAUAAUUCCUUUAGGAGCGGAUCCUCAAAACACGUGAAAGUUGAAUCCUCUGGUGCUAUUACUGUGCUGUCAGCUGUUUACUCUGGAGAAAACAUGGAAGCUCAGUCAGAAGAAGGUACCCCCACAAAGAGCACACCUCUAAAUCCUUCCCUCAGAGGCUUUUUGGAUUCCCCUUUAAAGUAUUUGGAUACGCCGACCAAAAGUUUGCUGGACACCCCUUCAAAAAAAGCCCAGUCAGAGUUUCCAACGUGCGAUUGUGUUGAGCAAAUCAUAGAAAAAGAUGAAGGUCCUUACUACACACAUCUUGGUUCGGGUCCAACUGUGGCCGCUAUAAGAGAACUAAUGGAAGAAAGGUAUGGGGAGAAAGGGAAAGCAGUUAGAAUUGAGAAGGUCAUUUACACAGGGAAAGAAGGCAAGAGUUCCCAGGGAUGUCCAAUUGCAAAGUGGAUAAUACGAAGAGCAAGCGAGGAAGAGAAAGUCCUGUGUCUCGUGCGUGAGCGAGCGGGUCAUCACUGUCAGAACGCGGUUGUUAUUAUUCUGAUCCUGGCUUGGGAAGGCAUCCCUCGUUCCCUGGGAGACAAGCUGUACGAUGAACUCACGGAGACGUUGACGAAGUAUGGGAACCCCACCUGCCGAAGAUGUGGAUUGAAUGACGACCGCACUUGCGCAUGUCAAGGAAAGGAUCCCGAGACCUGUGGUGCCUCCUUCUCAUUCGGCUGUUCCUGGAGCAUGUACUUCAAUGGCUGCAAGUAUGCCCGCAGCAAGCACCCUCGCAAGUUCAGGCUGUUGGGAGACAACCCGAAGGAGGAAGCUUUACUCAAGGAUAGAUUGCAAACGUUAGCCACAGAAGUUGCUCCACUCUACAAGCAGCUUGCACCCCAAGCCUUCAGCAAUCAGAUUACCAAUGAACGGUUAGCCCCUGACUGCCGACUGGGGAAGAAGGAAGGGAAACCAUUUUCAGGAGUAACUGCGUGUAUGGAUUUCUGUGCCCAUGCUCAUAAGGACCAACACAACAUGUACAAUGGCUGUACAGUGGUUUGCACCCUGACGAAGGAGGACAAUCGACAGAUUGGAACAACCCCAGAGGAUGAGCAGUUGCACGUGCUUCCCCUCUACAAGGUGUCUACGACCGACGAGCACGGCAGCGAGGACAACCAGAAUGAGAAGAUCAAGGCGGGGGCGAUCGAGGUGCUUACCGCCUUUCCCAGGGAGGUGAGAAUGCUGCCCGAGCCGGUCAAGUCAGCGCGCCAGAAGAAGCUGGAAGCCAAGAGGGCCGCUGAGAAGCAGAGGAACCAAGAGAAGAAACUCCUGGCUGGGAAGCUGAAACAGGAAGCAGAAAAUCUCAAGUGCAGCACUCCACAAAGCAAAGAUGUGAGUUUGGCAAGUGGAACGCCCCAACAUCACCUCACACCUUCAAUCAAAAUAGAACCCCAGGAUCACUAUAAUUCCUACAAGCACAGCGGGAAUUCUGUCGUGGAGAGUUACACAGUGCUUGGUAACUACAGACCCUCCAAUGCAUAUGGUCUGGGCAACGCCUAUCCUUAUCAUUCCUACUAUGCAAGGCCUGCCCUGUCUGCCAUUAGUAAUUUUCGCACACGUUACUCAUUUCCCUACGGAUAUUAUGGUUAUCCAAGCAACCAGUUAUUCACCCCAUCAUUCCUUAACUACGGCGGUAAUGACUCACGGCCAGGGAGUUUCUCAGGAAGCAGGUUUGAGAAGAAGCCAGACGUCCAGGAGCUGUGUUCAAAUUUCAAUCUUGCCCUCAUAAGUAACAGAAUCGAUGGCUCCGACCAGGGCACAGAGGUGACGCCGAAGCAGAACCAUCAGCUGAUGUUUCAAGGGGGAGCGGGCCUGGCCCCUCAGAGCUCGCUGCCCGCAGCAUCCAGUCAGUCCCAGCAGGCGUGCCACAUACCCGAGGAGGUCAAAAGAGCCUCGCAAAAUGCUAACAGCAUCAACCGAUACAUCAAGAAGGAGCCCGAAGACCCUGCUCCCUAUUCCCAAUCUUGCCACGAGGCUUCCGUGAACGCCCACGCUGUAAACAAUUCCUUCUCUGCCGCGCAAACGCCGCCUGGCCUCGGCCACCAAGGGAAAUCGUGGGAUAUGUUUAAGCCGAACGGUAGCUUGGUGUCAGCUGCAGCGACUGGGCACGAGAAGCCUUGGGGCCUGUUCAAUUCUACCGACAGCACCAAGUUAGCCAACACAAGCGUUCAAGAAAGGUGGAACUCAAUAACACCCAAUAGGAAUAUGGCUGGGACGCCCGUGUCGAACGCACAAGAAAAGCUGUGGAACUUGCACACCGAUGCCAGGAGCACAACACCCGUGAAAAGUGGGAGCCUCCAGGCGGCGCCGUGGGAUUCAUACAAACCAGGUGAAGCCAUCACUCCCCCUUCCAUCUCAUCGAAUGUUAACCUUAAGGACAGAUUAUGGGAGCCCAUGAAAAUGCAGAACAACCUGUCGACCAUACCUGGCUCCAGCCUCCCUGACAAACUCCAGUGGGAAAUGUUCAAAAGGAGCAGCAGCAACGGUAACCUGCGGGAGAAGGUGUGGGCCGAAAACGGAACGGUGUUCUCCAGCGCAAGUGCAGAAGGGAAACAGUGGGAUCUUUACAAACUAAGUGAGAACAAGGCAGCUUUAGAUGGCUCAGGAAUACAGGAACAGCUCUGGGACCCUUACUGUAUGAACGACAGUGUGGAGGACCUGCCUCCUGAAAACGUGAAGGAGGAGGAAGAGGAAGUGUGGUCGGACAGCGAGCACAAUUUCUUGGAUGGGAACAUUGGUGGGGUUGCCGUGGCUCCGGCUCACGGCUCCAUUUUGAUCGAGUGCGCCCGAAGAGAGCUUCACGCCACCACUCCGCUGAAAAAACCGAACCGGUGUCAUCCCACGCGAAUAUCUCUUGUGUUCUACCAGCAUAAGAACUUAAAUGAGCCGAACCACGGCUUAGCACUCUGGGAAGCGAAGGUGAAAGUCCUCGCAGAAAGGGCAAAACAAAGGCGGGAAGAAGCGGCGAGGUUAGGCUUGCCCCUGGUAAAUUCCAAGCUCCUCGGGAAAAAGCGCAAAUGGGGCAGUGCGCCAACUACAGACAUUGAACACAGUAAGAAAGACUUCUUUCCCACACGCCAGGCUUUGACCAUUACCACAAACACUGUUAUCACUGUGUCUUCAUACGCCUAUACCCAGGUAACAGGACCCUACAACCGUUGGAUUUGAGACACGUACAACUUGGCGGCCAUUUUACCUCACUACGGCAACGGUCUCUGUUGCUGGAUGCGGUGCUUUCCUCUGUCAAAUAUACUGUAGAGGGAGAAUUCCACUCAAGUGCAAAUCAUCUCGAAAUCUGCACUCUGAGCAAAGAAUUUUAAUUACGAUUAAAAAAAAUUCCUGGUUUUAGUAAUCUAAUUUAUAUAUCUACAUGUUUUUGAACUUAUAGCUACCCAUCGUUACUGAAGGGUAAAAGAAAACUUUCUAUGUCAAAUUAGAAAAAUAGUAUUUAUUGUACACAUUUUGUUGUAUUUGUUGUUCAAAGAAAAAUAAUCAUUUGGUAGAGAAGCAACUACUUCUUCAGGGCCAAGUUAAUUCUGACAGAUAUCAACAUCUCAACCUGUUAGACUUCAUCUGAAACUAAACUAAAAAAAGGAAAACUGGUGCUUUUUUAAAAAAGACGUUUACAGCACAGAGUUCAUUUUUGGUCACGGCAGUAAAAAUCAGCUUACAGAAUCCUUAGCCCAGUGACUUCAUAAUGUAAACUAUUACCACUGGCCUGUCUGUUGGUGCUCUAAACCUUAUUAGCCUGGUGUUUCUGGUCAAAACAUCAAGCACAUGCACUUAAAUGUAAAAAAAAAAUCCCAUUGUGCCGUUCAGAGGUAGAUAUUAAUGGUAAUUAACAUCUUGGUGCUCCUCCAUUGCCUUUUUCUUCUCAUUUCAUUAAAAAAAAGAGAAUUUUACAGUAUGCCUGCUGUACCUUGAUAAAGCGGAAAUCAUUUUAUGAUCUAAUCAUCUAGUUGUAUUUCACUAAGCGUUUGAAUUGUGAUUACAGUCAAACCUAAAAUGGCAGAUUUCUGGAUAUCUAAGAAUGGAUUUCCCAGAAUAUGUCCUUCAGACUCUAUAAAAAUAAAUCAUUUUGCAGUUUUAGGCUGAAAUACGCUCACCACCUGAACCCAUCUUCUUUCCAUUCUCAAAAUCCGAUGGGAUUCUUUCUUCUUCAGCCCCUUACCUUUUCCACCUAUCAGCUCCCAGCUUCCCCCUCAACUGGCUUCACCUGCCAUCUUGCGCUCUUUCCCUUCUUCCCCCCACUUUCUUAUUAGCCUCCUCCCCCCACCCAUUCUCAACACCUGAACCAUUCUGCAAUGCCCUAUGAGAUUCCUAUCAUCUCCCAGCUUCUCACUCCAUCCUGCAUCCACCUAACUUCCCCCCUCACCUGACUUCACCUAUCACCUGCCAUCUUGUACUCCUUCUCCUUCCCUCCCACCUUCUCAUUUUGGCUCCCCCCCCCCCACCCCACCCCCCAUCCUUCCCAGCCUUGAUGAAGGGUCAUGGCCCCAAAAACGUUGACUCUUUAUUCCUCUCCAGAGAUGCUGCCCGACUGGCAUACUCCUCUGGAUUUCCAGACUCUCACACGAAACGGAACUCAGCAGGUUGGGCAACAUCUACGGAAAUGAAUAAACAGUUUUGGGCCAAAACCCUUCAUGGUGCAGAAUCUCUUUGUGUUUGUCAGCACCUGAACUGAUUGCGUUGAACACAAGGGACUCUGCCCAGGCUGGAAAUCCAGAGUAUGGUCAGGUGAAUUUCAGUGCUGAACACUUGCAGUCUGAAAUUUGGUGAACUUCCGAGGUUUUCCAGUUAAUAAGCGAAGAAGGGUUAACUGUAAUGACAAUGCGCCACCAGUCUAGGAGAUAGGCCUAUUAUUUUUAUUAGCAUGUCAUUGGAACUCCACUCAGGUGUCUCUUUCAGAGUGCAGGGAUUCAAGUGACAGUGUUGAUUUAUUUUUUCCUUCUAUUCUUCAUAUUUUUUUCCACACAUUGAUAUAAAAAAGUACAGCAGGUUGUAUAUUUUACCUGCAUUCUAUAUCCUCCAAUUUUAAACUGUAAAUAUAUGAAAAGAAAACAUUUUAAAGCACUUUCACCUUGAUUUUAAAAUGACAACUUGAAGUAGUUUAUUUAACAGAUAAUUAUUGGGAGAACUACUGUAAAUAGCUGCAAAAUUUUUAGCAAAAUAUUUCUCAAUGUUCCUGUACCCUGUUCUUUAACCUCCCCCCCCCCCCCACAACCAUCUUUAGGAAAUAUUAACCAUCAUGUUCGUGUUGAAUUCAGCUCAUGUUCUUACACUGAUUAAGCCCAGAAAUAGGUUGAGGAUUAUUCUUUGGGAAUCAUUGAAAUCAUUUGUUUUUGAUCAAAUGCCGUAACUUUGGCUUAAAGUACCAUUUAUUUUGCCACAUUGAAGCAUGCACGUGCUGUAAAAUUUGGUGUAUAAAUCAGUUUAUAGCCUUUUAUAAUAGAGGAAGAUCAGCUGGCAUUCACCCAAUCUCCUGUAUCUCUUAAAAAAAGCAGCCGCAAAAAAAAACAGCUUAUGAUUCAGACUUAAAAUUGUUUUGCCUUCAAACAAGUAGUUGUUCACUUGAUUUCCCAUUGUACAAUGCAUGCUUUGUUUAAUCUUCCGGUUUCUAACAUGGAGUAUUGAAUUACCUGCAUGGAAAUUACAACACUUCAUAUUUUGUCCAAAAGUUCACCACUGAACUGAUAAUGCAACUGUGAGGAGGUGGCUGUGCAGUUCUGAAAUGGCAUUUUCAUUUUUGUUUUAAUGCAACCCAUGGGAUAAUAUUUCACAGACAACAGGAAGGAUUUUUUUUAAAAAAGAAUGUGGUCCAUGUGUAAUCUGAUAACAAAAGUAAGGGGCGACGUGAUAGCGUAGUGGUUGUCACAACGCUUUACAGGACAGUUCAAUUCCCACUGUUGUCUGUGAGGAGUUUGUACCCGUGACUGCGUGGCUUUCCUCCGGGUGCUCCAGUUUCCUCCCACAGCCCGAAGGCAUACCAGUUGGUAGGUUCAUUGGUCAUUCUAAAUUGUCCCGUGAUUAGAUGAGGGUUAAAUCAGUGGGUUGCUGGCCGGUGCAGCUCAAAGUGCUGGAAGGGCCUAUUCCCUCGUAUCUCAAUAAAAUCAAAACAGGUAUAAUUUUGAAAAAAUAUUGUACCAAUAAGAAAAUAUAGUGGACAUAUACAGUAGGUGUUUAAUAGUCAGUACAGACUAUAGGCCGAAGGGCCUGUAUUUCUCAAUAUGUUAUGUCCUCUGAGUUCCACAAAAUGGAGUGUAAAUUAUCCAGUUUUGGUUGAUUUUACUUUAAUAAUUUCAUGUGCCUUUAUUGAAUAUUUUACACCUAGCCAUCCAAAAAAUUCAAUUUGAUUUUAAGAUUUACUCUCUCUACGGUCUGUUAAGCUGCAGGCACUUAGGGCAGUAAUGAAGGUCCUUCAUCUCUGGCGGUGUUUAGAGCUUUUCUCAUCAUGUCAGUAGCUCGGCUUUCACGCUGUUAGUCAGGCCAGUCCCGGGUGGAGACUCAGGAAUACCGUCACACUCAGAUGAAGCAGGACUCUUCAUUGCUGUCUCUGUAGCAAUUUUGUUUCAAUGGUCAGGGUUGUUAGCCCUGGACUGACACCCCCCCCCCCCCCCCCCCACCGGCUGAACCUGGAGGACCAGUGGACCACUCAUAGUCUGGCCUCUACCCUUUGACUUGUUUGGCAUGUGUGACCCUACCAAGAGCCAAAGCAUAAAGCCCUGACCCCAACCAACAUCGCUCUCUGGGUCAUUGAGGCACACAGGCCUCCAAACCACAACAAGGUUGUGGUCCUCUUGGAGAUAAAAUUUACCAGCUCCCCAAAAUAAAGCUCACCCUCAAGUAAGAGACUGGUCUAUGAUACCCUUUAGAUGUCCCCUUUCCCCAGUCUGAACAAGUAUUUACAGUAGAAACUGGCAGUUCACAGUUUCCAUACCACUUAAGAAAUCAGUUAUAAGUAUAUAUAGUCAUCAAUGCCAUCAUUAAACUAGAAGAAAACUACCUCAGAUCUCUCAUUUGAUUAAAAGAUUGAGUAUGUUUUCUGAACAGGUUAAAGUUCCUCCAUUUGCAGUAGUCAUAAGCAUUUACAAUUUUAAGAAGAGAAUUUCUAAAACUUUUCACGUAAUGUCAGGGGUACAAGACUAAUUGACGUAACAUACUCAUAACAUGGAACAUUGAAAGAUUAGUUUCAGCUACAUAAGAUAAAACUCCUUUAAUGUGAGCUGCUAUUUCCAUCCCCAAAAAAUAUUAGCUUUUUUUUAAACAUAAGAGCAGAAUUAGGCCUUUUGGCACACUGAAUCUGCUCCAUGGCUGACUUAUUAUCCCUCUCCUUCCUUCUCCCCUUCAGCUGUGCAAACAACGCAUGUUGUCCACGUUUCAUUUAAUUUUGCGACUCGGAUGAGGAGAAUAUAUUUAUCUCCCUAACCGUCCUCUCAGCAUGCCUCAAUCCUGCAGGUAAAAUGCUCCUACUCUAAGUAAUUAGUAACCUUGAAGUGAAUUUUCAAUAGCUAAAGUUGAAACGCGUUAUCCUGGGAUGACAGUCCCACAGUCUACCAUUAGAGAUACAAAACUGUCUUCACUCUUUAUAAUAUUAUUGCAUAAAUUUUAUAAAGACUGCCCUGGUAGGCAAAAGGAUAAUGUGUACUCAAAGAGUUAACUGAAUUGGCAUUCUGUACUGUCUCUUUCUCUCUCUACAGCACUAUUUCAACAUUAAUAUAGAUUCUUCUCUUCACCCCUAACACACUCUCAGGCCAAGCCAUAGAAGCUUACAUUUACCAGAUUACAUUUCCCCAAUUUCUAAAGAGUGCAGUAUGAUUGCUCUCUUGAGAAACAGGCAAUUUUAAUUCCUGGAACUAUACCUCAGGAAUUGUUUCUGUACAUGCAAACAACACUAAAAGGUGCUAAAAUAAAUGACUAAAUGUGAAAUACCAGCAAUUUGUACUCACUGUAACAGCCUGACAUAACUUGAAUUACAUGCAGGAUAGCUUUUGUCACUGUUUCAUCACAGGGUUAAAGAGCACCACGUGUGCUACUUGUAUUUGCUGGUUACAUUUAAAGCAGUAUAGUAUUUGCUUCCACAUCUGAAAAGCUCUGAGCAAACCAGUCUGUCUUUGACAAGUUUCCCCAGUGAACGCCACUGAUUUAGGUUCCAUGCAAAUGCAACAUCAGUUGUACUAAAAAUGAAGGCUGCUGGUUAAAAUCCACCUUACUGUGAAAAUUAAAACGUAUUGAGGGGGAAAAACCGCCUGGAUUUUCCCAUCAGUGAAUAGCAAUGAUACUCAUAUCGUCAAAAUAUAUGAAUAAACCAAACAGUUAUAAAUUGCUUGUCGAAAUUAUGUUAAACACAGUUUUGAGAAUCUUAAAAUAUAUACCAAACUUUGUGAGCCAAUCAGAAUUAGACAAAUAAAAUUACCUACACAAUCAAUGACGUAGGUCUAAAGGUUCGUACAAGAAAAUGCUUUGGAAAAUAGUGUGCGUAAAUGCACUGUAAUUCAUCUUUACACAUUGAUAUGUUGCCCUUUUUGCUCUCCAAAGGAUAAGCUAUACAGUACUUUACAAAGACAUAUAUUCACAAAAGAAGUAAGGGCCACCUUAAUCCCCUAUUUUAUAUAAGUCUAAGUAUAAUUUGGAUUCAAAUUUAAGUUAUGUUUUUAUAAAGGUAAUCAAUCUAAAAGAUUCCACAUCUUCUGAGCUGUGGAUUGUCCAAGCAAACUUUUGAUGGCGAUAGAUUGCUGGUACCAGUGUGGAAAACUCACUAGCCUUCCUCUGAUGAGAUAGAGUGGCAUUAUUCUUCAGCCUUGGUACUACUCAGAGCCCUGUACCUCAACCAAGUCUGGAAACAUCUUGACCAUUGUCAAUAGACAUCCAAAAAAUAUAUUUGAAUGCACAGCAAGAACAAAACCCAGUACAUUGUUUAGCCUAGCGUGAUACAGUGAAAAUAUUUUGGAGAGAUUAUAAUGUGACCUGCUGAAAGGUGCUACAAUAUAAUAGUACUGUAACUUAAACCAGUUGCAGUGUCCACACAGAGAUUAGAAAUUUAGGUUCAGGGGUAGAGAAACUUCAUUUUCAACAUUGCAAUAUGAUUUCUCAUUGAAAAGGAGAAUACAUCUCUUAGACAAUUACAUGACACCAUCUCUAUUUAGUUUCUUAGCAAGUUUUAUUGCAUACCUUUUGUAGAGAUAUUUCUAUAGAAUGUAUGUAAAUUCACCAGUGUGGACACUCAGAGUGCGCACAAUAGGAUUAAAAUAUUAACACUUAGUUAACUUUGAAAUUUCUUCUCUUCAAAUGUGACAGCUAAGGGGAAUUAAAAUAUUAACACUUAGUUAACUUUGAAAUUUCUUCUCUUCAAAUGUGACAGCUAAGGGGAAAGCGUGUUAAAUAUAUGUCUUUUGAUGCAACGUUCUAUGGUUAAAAAAAAAUGAUUUAAGACAGUUCAGAUUCACAGGGCCUUUCUGGUUUCUUUAAUUACGGAAAUGUUAGCGUUUGUUACCCAUUCUGCAGCAAAAUUUUUUGCAAUGCUUGUGCUUAAUGCUGGCAUAAAUUUAUGCUUUAUCCAUGUGACUUUAUUUUGUAUAUCAGUAUUUGUAAAUAUGAAGUAUGUUUUAAACUUCUUCCAAAUUGUUUUUAUAUUUCUUUUGUUUUUUUUUUAUUUGAGGUGCUAUUUGAUUUGUCCAGUCAGGUGAUCUUGCCCCCAUUUUUUUAAAUAAAUGCUUGUGUUUUGGUUGUACAGAAAUUUGGAUUCUGUUUGGUGACUUCCUCAUCCUAAAAUCCAGGAUUUCCUUUAGAAAUCUAUAGCAUUAGGGCAAUCUUGUAAUACAAUGCAAAUGAGCAUGACUUUCAUGAAACAUGGGUUUAACGAGAGAAUUUUAAUGUACCUACAUACAGGGCAUGCUAUCUUUGCUUUGAUAACUAAAUAUUUUAGCUCUCUUUGACAAGAUCUAUCUUCUUUAAAAGGAGAAGGAUCAUGUAUAUUUCUUGAUAGGUAGAUAAUUUCGGAUAAAAAAAAAUAGAAUGUUAACUCUGUGGUAUUCCCAUAGAAUCUACACUCAGUGACCACUUCAUAUGCAAUACAGGAGUGGAGCCCAGGGUGGUGUUGUGCAGCUGUAGUCCAUGCACUUCAAGGGUCAACACGUUGUGUGUUCAGAGAUGCUCUUCCUCACACCGCUGCUGUAACAUGUGAUUACUUGAGUUCCUGUCACCUUCCUGUCAGCUUUAACCAGUCUGGCCAUUCUCCUCUGAUCUCUCUCAUUAAGAAGGCUUUUUUACCCACAGAACUGCUACUCACUGAAUGUUGUUUUUUUGUUUCUCGCACCAUUCUCUGUAAACUCUAGAGACUGUCCUGCAUGAAAAUCCCAAGAGAUCAGCAGUUUCUGAGAUACUCAAACCACCCUGUCUGGAACCGAUCAUCAUUGCACAGGCAAAUCACUUAGAUUCAUGAUUCUUCCCCAUUCUGAUAUUUGCUCUGAACAGCAACUGAACCUCCUGACCUGUCUGCAUGCCUUGAGUUGCUGCCACAUUAUUGACUGAUUAGAUAUUUGCAUUAAUGAGCAGGUGUACAAAUGUAUCUAAUAAAGUGAUCACUGAGUGUGUAGCAAAAAAUCACGGGUAAAAUAUUCCAUCAUCACUGCAUAGGAGCCACUUAUUUUUAUUUACAUUAUUUAGACACUGUAAGAGCAAUCUUGCUUGGAAUAACAAAGUGUGCAGUGGGAGCGAGAUUGUUGCCACCUCUUAUUUGGUUUUUUGCCACCUCUUCAUUUUUAUAUAACACAAUAUUGAAGCAUACAUUUUGCAAGGGCGCACACACACACACACACACACACACACACACACACACACACACACACACACACACACACACACACACACACACACACACACACACACACACACACACACACACACACACACACACAUACACACGAGAUAUGUCUCCAUUUUGGUUUCGUCAGUUGCAGUCCAAGAAAUCCAAAUGAUAGCUAACAUGGUGAUAUCUGGAUUUAAUACCGUGAAUUACAAAACGGAGCAGUAUUUAAUACUAUAAAAAUGUUCUAUGGUGUUUGAAGCAAACCUAGGAUUAGGUCAGCACUAGUUGUUUAACAUACUGUCCAGCUCAAAUAUCACUUCUGUUUAGAAAGAGCUUUGCACAGAUGGGGUCACCUGAAUGUACAGGCCAUUACUGGCUGUACUUUCUAAGCCUUUGAAGUAAGCGCAGGUAUUAAGCCUAUGAGACUCCAAGCAUUUUCCAAGCACACUUUGAUCACACACUGGGAUCUGUGGUGUCAAAUGCAAACAGAGCGAGACAGUGUCUUCCGGGCAGGACUUCUUCCUUAACCCUGUUCAGGCUCUGGCUCCAUAGCAACUUUCUAAAAAGCAUAUAAACCUCUCUGCAAUGCUAAUAUUUUAAAAGGAACACACCUUUGAACACGCUUGUGCCACUUCUCUUCUUCUGCAGAUGUGGGAGUGGUAUACAUGUAGUUCCUCUUCGUAGAAUGCUGACUUUAUAGUGUUAAAGAAACUGUGUUAUUUCAUAAGGUGCACAUGAUGGAAGAGCUCUAUAAUCUUUCUCUCUAAGUGAAAGCAAGUUACUCUUUUUCAGAGGUUAUGGUCAACUAUAAUGUUACAAGGUGUAUAUACUUGGUUUUGUUUUGGUAGGGUGGGUGGAGAAAUAUUGAAAAUUCCCAAUAGUUUGCCAGUAGUCAAAGACUACUACUGAACAUUGUGGCAUCAAAAUCAGUGAAUAUGUUUCAAACCUUUCUGUAGUACAAAAAGCUAUUAAUCAUGUGACUAUUGAGUGAAUUUUGCAAAGAUGGCUGUGCAGUGGAAGACUGUGUUGUACACUUUGUAUAAUACUGUAAGUAGGAAAUUACUCUUUUUUCCUUUUUAGUGAAUGGGCUUAUAUAUCUUUUGUAACUUAUCUGUCUACUGGCAAGGUAGAAAAACGCGAUCAAUAAUCUGUAACCUUUGUUUUCAAACAUGGAUGGUUUAUAACAAUUGGUAACGAAUCCACAUUCCAUUUGUUAAAAAUGCAAUACUAAAGCAUAGCGAUACUAAACUUUAAUAUAAUAUAAAAAUGAAUAUGAAAUUGUUUAUGUAAACAGGAUACUUACCCAUGUGACCAUUUUAGUUCAAUUUACAGCUUUUAAAGAGAGGAUCUUCUAUUUGACAUUUGAGUUUCAAGAUAAUCUAAUAUCUAAAUUCUGCAAAAAGUAAGAAUUUCAGGUUGUAUACUGUAUACAUUCUCUGAUAUUAAAUUGAAAUUGAAAUUCAAACAUCUGUGAAGCACACGAAAUAUUUUCUAACCAAAGUGAGAUUUUAGAAAGAGUUUUGAAUUGAAACGUGUUAUAUACUCAACUUUGUACUGAGUGGAACUGAUUAGAUGUCCAGUUGAUUGGGGUUAAUGGUAAUUCAGUACAUACCGGGAGGUAUAGUGUUGGUUACUGCAGGGAGCAAACAUAACUGGGCAGAGUGCAAAGAGUGACCCAACACUAGAAAUUCACAAACUUACUUAACUGAGCCUCUUUCAGAGAUUUAUUUACUGUUCAACAAUGUCCCAUUUGGGCUGUCAAGGGCCAUCUCACUCCAGGUCCCAUCACAAUCAUGGACCUUGAUACCUACAACUAACAUUCUUGCACUUUGCUCUCAGUCUGGUUCUGUAAACUAUUUUGUUUUUGAUCUCAACAGUCUGCUAAAUCUUUAUCUGUGCCACGUUCAUGAUAAAACAGCGAAAAAGAAACACUCAGAGUGGCCGCUUAUCUUCCGCCUGAGAUGUGGAGCAGGAUGAUGUGGAAAAAAAUUAGCGCUACUAUGCAGCACAGCCCACAGCACACUGCAAGAAUGUGUUAGUUUACAAGCAAGCAUUUGUUUCAGAUUGGACUGAGUUUAAUUCAUGGGCAGGAACCUGUACUGAAUUUAGUCCCGUAACUAAAAUCAUCCUUAAAAUGAAGCUAAAAUAACUAGUGUUUUGGAAUUAAGCUGAAACUUCAGUUCGAUUGUUUAUAUUGAUAACCUUCUCAAUAAAAUAUCCAACAUAGAUAAAACAUUUGGAAAAAUUCCUCCAGCUUUCGCUCAUAAAACUCUUCCAUACACUCACUACACCUUGGUUAAUACCUGCACUCAGUGGCCACUUUAUUAGAUAGAGGAGUGGAACCCAGUGUGCUGAAGCCCAACCACUAAAAGGUUCGAUGUGUUGUGCUUUCAGAGAUACUCUUCUAUGCACACUGUUAUUUGAGUUACUGUUGCCUUCCUGUCAGCUUAAACCAGUCUGGUCAUUCUCCUCUGACCUCUCUCAUUAACAAUAAUAUUCACCCACAGAACCGCUGCUCACUGGAUUUUUUUCUGUUUUUCACACCAUUCUCUGUAAACUCUAGAUAGUAUUAUGCGUGAAAAUCCCAGGCGAUUCUCAAACUCUCCGGCCUGGUAUCAACACAGUCAAAGUUAGUUAAAUCGCAUUUUCUCCCCAUUCUGAUAUUUGGGCUGAACCUUUUGAUCAUGUCUGCAUGCUCUUAUGCAUUGAGUUGCUGCCACACGAUUGGCUGAUUGGAUAUUCACAUUGACAAGCAGGUGUACAAAUUAAAGUGGCUACUGAGUGAACACUUCAUGAUGGAGAUUUCAUUAUUUGAUACACACCUGCUAAAUGGAAGACAACUCUUUAAAACAAGGCUACAAAUUGUUCAUGUUGAGUUUACCUGCUCUUAGCUGUAAAUAAGUAAAACUUUGAAUGCUGCAGUUUAGCUUUAUCUAACAACCACUGGCUGUAAAUCUUGCAAAGUCUAAACAAAAUCACUUUGAUGUGCUUCGAUUUAAAAUGUACAUUUUAAAGGUGCAAACUCACUUUAUUUUAAUCAUUUUUUCUCUUUGAUUUGGUGUUCAACAACAGCAACAAAAAAUCAUAAUGCUAUUCCAUUCCAAACUAGUUUAAACAGCUGCCUAUGAAUCACAGAAUAUAGUGUGGCCUGAUUUUAUUUUAUUUUUCACAUUCUGACAUCAGGGAUAUUUUUAACAGCAAGGAAACCACCUCUGCUUAUUUCUUAACAUCCAUCUUCCAGGGAUUUUACUUUGGGAUUAGAUUAUCUGUCUUCAUGUUGUAAAUGUGACAACUAAGCUUUUUUGUUGCUUUAAUUAACACAAGAAGUGGGAAAAAGUUUUGUACGUUAAGGCAAAGCUGUAGUGGAUAAUAUUCUAAAAGCUUGUUUUUUUUUAUUUUCUAAUGUAUUUAAGAAAAUUAGCGGGGGGGGGGUGCAGGUGAGAAAAGAUGGCAUAUGAAAGAAUAAAACAAUAUAGGAAACUUUUAUUCCAAUUUGUUUUUUAGUUGAUUUAACUGAAAAAACAAAAAGGAAUUGUUAUUCAUAACUUUGUAGCAAGCUCCUCGGUCAAGAGGCUAGCUUGUAACCCAUACUUGAAACUACUUUCUUUUGUUUAAAAAGUCAUCAGCUUCACAACUUGAAAUAAAAGUUUGCAGCUUCACGGACGAAAAGUAGCAUCAAACUGCAGAUGGAAUAGGACCAUUGAGCAUUUUACUGCAGAUAUUAAUUCAAAUAAAUAUUUUGCUGGAAGUUUUAUUUUGAGUUGAUUUUUUUUAUUUUUCCUUUUACUUUUCCUCAAAGGUCUGACUCAACAGUCCAUAAUUGUAUCAUUAGGCACUGAUUAAAGAAGACCAGGAUUAAUUUUGAUUUUAUUGCAUUGUAUUGUACACAGAAAGGUUGUUUGCAAGAACUUCCUUGUAAAUGUAUUCUUCCUGAUCAUUUCGAAAUAUUGUGGGUGUUUUAAUAAAUUUUAUAUUUAUUUUUUGCA